GUCGCCGCAGAGCAGCCCUUAUCGCCAGCAGAAUACUGGAUCGCCAUUGCCAAUCCACCAAACAACAUGACCUUUGGGGGAAUUUCAGGACCCUAUAAUGCUGAUUACUACACCUGUACGCUUCGGAACGCAUCAGUGAUUACGAACGUUACCUUUGUGAAUGGUGUACAAACGCUGCAAGCCAACGCUAUUCACGACUUGGAGUUCGUCACAGAUGGUGUUGAUGGUGAAAUUGCUUGGGGUUCUACCUCCGACGAUGCGGAUCACGCACUAUCGAACUAUCGCUCCUUUUUCAUGUCGCUUCACACCUUGCUAGACGGAUUGGUGACGUCCGCAGAGCUACGACAACCAGGCCCGCAUUUAUUUACAGAACAACAUGUCAUGAAGUGGGAGACGAGGCUCGACCAGACAGUCUUGGGGGCGGCUAGUGACUUCUCGAAAGUAAAUGCAGCAUGGAAGCUGGGUGGAGCAGAGGCCGACCUUGUCGCCCAAGACAAGAGCUUGAUCACCCUCAUUGAGGAAAUCUCGCUGAAUGCGUCAUGGAGUUUGAUGAGCAUGCCGAGAUUCUGUAAAAAGGUGCCGGCUCUGGCCAAUUCGACUCUCUGGGUAAACAAAUAUACCUACGAGCCACAAAAUCUGUUCAUUGCGUACAGUUGUUCUAUCAUCGCAAGCCUCGUCACCGUUCUCACCGGUGUUUUCGCCUUGUAUACCCAAACUUCCAGCCAUGACAAGCACUUUUCAUCCAUCAGCCGUACCAUGCAAAGCCCAGAACUCACUACACUGUUUAUUGUUCGUUCGCCAUCCAAUGCGAAGAAGAUUGCAGCGACAAAUAUCAAGCUUAUUGAGCAUAGAGAAGACGGAGCCGAAAUAUUCCGCAUAGAAGGGGAGAAAGCACCUAGUGGUAGGACAUAGGCUAUGCGUGUUGAACACAUAUUUGUUGCAAUGAAUGAGAGUAGUAUACAGUAUGCGGUCAGUAGCCCUAGAUUCGAUGUCAUAUGAUACAUCAUAUAGUGUGGGACGUAGUGCUAGGUUUCGUAUAGACAUUCCUUGCGUUACCAAGACCCGCAUAACCAGCCAUGUCACGUCCAUC